AUGAUUGGUGGACACAACAUCAUCGUGGAGAUAGACGAAUCGAAGUUUGCCAAACGAAAGUAUCACAGGGGACGACGAGUCAAGGGAAGCUGGGUCCUCGGAAUGGUUGAGAGAACACAGGAGAGACGAAUGGUACUCCUCGUUGUAUCUGACAGGACACGCAAGGCAUUGGAACAUGCAAUAAUGACCUUCGUGCAUCCUGGUUCAACAAUACACACGGACAUGUGGAAAGGGUAUAUCAGCCUCGAGCGACUUGGAUACACCCACAAGACGCUAUGCCACAAAUAUGAGUUUGUGUCCGCGGAGGGAACCCAUACGCAAACGAUUGAAGGAAACUGGACGCCUCUUAAAAGAGCAAUUCCAGUACAAUGCAGGAGUGGAGUGGAUCUUCAGGAGUACCUAUUCCAGUUCAUGUGGAGGAGGACGAAUGAGGGAAACGAGUGGGAGGCACUGUGGGAGGGACUGUCAAGAGUACAGCUGACCAUGCAGGAGCUUGAACGAAUGGAGGUUGAACGUGAAAGGAACUGCGAGGACGACGACGAGGAUUAUGCGCCAAUUGAGGAUGCGGAGGAGGCCGAACAGCUUGAGGAAGAGGCAGACAACGACAACGAAUACCAGGACUUUGUGGAGAUGUUUGGAGACAUGGAUCUUACACCAGUGUCCGAAGGAGGACACAUGGUGGAGGCAAGGAACGACACUACGGCAGAGAACGACGAGGAACGGCUACAUGAAGACUUGGCCUAUGAAGUUAUUGGUGAGAUGCUGGCAGGUGGAGAGAUCGACCGAUCAAUCUUUUUUCACGAUGGCCAGCAAAGAGCAAAUAUAUAG